AUGAGUACAGAUCUCGUUCCAGUGACCAGAGAGAGACGAACUUGGGGCGCCUGGGAUUUCGUAUCGUUCUGGUCGACCGGAAGUUUCGCCAUCUACAACUAUUCCACCGGGUCGGCAUUGAUCGCUUUUGGUCUGAGCGGAAAGCAGGCACUCGCAGCUGGGAUCUUCUCUCCGCUUGCAUUGGCAGCACUAUGUGUCGUCUGUGGCUGGGUUGGUGGCAGCCACCAUAUCGUCUACAAUGUGGCUGCAAGAUCACCCUGGGGCAUGAAGGGAACCUACUUUCCAGUGCUCAUCCGAACGAUACCAGGAAUUGUCUGGAAUGGCAUCGAAUCUUGGUGGGGAGCGCAAGCCAUCUCGACGUGCAUUGGUACCUGGUCGGUGAAGUGGGCAAACUGGUCUCAUCCGCUAGCUGGUGGGACUAUGGAGCUGAAGGACUUCAUUGGAUUCAUCAUCUACAACGUCAUUUAUAUGUUCGUUAUCUGGCUACCACCAGAGAAGCUGGACAAGCCGUUUCUCAUUUCCUUCGCGGGCUUUACUAUGACCGUAUUUGGCAUCCUCAUCUGGGCAGUCCAUCAUGCAGGAGGCACUGCUGGACCGUACUUUGCUCAUGAUUACAAGACUGCCUCGCCGGUCUUGGCCCACUCUGUUCCAUGGGCAGUCAUCUACGGUGCCACAGCAGUACUUGGCAAUAUGGGAACUGUAUGCUUGGCUCAAGCAAACUGGUGCAGAUUGGCCAAGAUCGACAACAAAAGAUCAAUGACAGUGCAAGCCAUUGCUCUGACCAUCAUGAUCUACACCAUCUUCGCUAUCGGCAUCGUCGCAACCUCUGCUGCAAGCCAGACUUUAGGAGGCGCGUAUUGGCAACCAUAUCUCCUCUUGCGAAAAGUCCAAGCAUACCACAACAAUUCCGCAUCGGCGCGAGCAGGCGUCUUCUUCGCAUCUGCAGUGUGCGCCUGGGCACAAAUCUGUGUCAAUGUGAUCCUCAACAGCACAGCUACCGGAAUGGACAUGCAAGCUUGGGCUCCGAGAUGGCUCAAUAUUCGAAGAGGUGCAUACAUCAUUGCGGCCUUGGGCAUCGCCACCAACCCGUGGAAUCUCACAGUCAACGCAAAGACUUUCAUUGCUGUUCUCAAUGGGUUUGGAAUCUUCUAUGGACCAUGCGCGGGAAUUCUCGUCACCGAUUUUUGGAUUGUGCGAAAGAGGCUGUUGAAGAUGGACGAUCUGUAUCGUGGUAACAGCGACUCGAUCUACUGGUACUGGCGAGGAAUCAAUCCACGAGCAUUCGCCGCAUUCUUCUUGGCCGUUUGGCCUGCCAUGCCUGGAUAUAUUAGUAAGUCUCAAAACAGGUCCUCGUCGACACAGCACUAA